ACGUGCUCCGGUCCUUUUCCUCCAGAACUUGUCAGAGCGAGUCUGCAGCUGGGCGGCGCAGAUGGAUAUGUUGAAGCGAUUGUUCUGAAUUUUAUACUUUUAUCAAGCCGAAUAAUAUACAACAAGCGAUCGUGAACCAUGCCGGCAUACUUCCAGCGUCCCGAGAAUGCCCUGAAAAGGGCGAACGAGUUUCUUGAGGUUGACAAAAAGCAGCCAGCACUCGACGUUCUUUACGACGUGAUUAAGAGCAAAAAGCAUCGAACAUGGCAGAAGAUCCACGAGCCGAUCAUGCUCAAGUACCUGGAGCUCUGUGUGGACCUCCGCAAGAGCCACCUGGCCAAGGAAGGCUUGUACCAGUAUAAGAACAUCUGCCAGCAGGUGAACAUCAAGUCCUUGGAGGAUGUUGUCAGGGCUUAUCUCAAGUUGGCUGAAGAGAAGACGGAGACUGCAAAAGGGGAGUCCCAGCAGAUGGUGCUUGAUAUUGAGGAUCUGGAUAACAUUCAAACACCAGAGAGUGUGCUGCUGAGUGCUGUCAGUGGGGAGGAUACCCAGGACCGAACAGACCGCCUGCUGCUGACUCCCUGGGUCAAGUUCCUGUGGGAAUCGUACAGACAGUGCUUGGACCUGCUCAGGAAUAACUCCAAGGUGGAGCGCCUCUAUCAUGACAUUGCUCAGCAAGCCUUCAAGUUCUGCCUGCAGUACACACGUAAAGCGGAGUUCCGCAAGCUGUGUGAUAACCUGAGGAUGCACCUGGGGCAGAUCCAGCGCCACCACAACCAGAGCACAGCCAUCAACUUGAACAACCCUGAGAGCCAGUCCAUGCACCUGGAGACCAGGCUGGUCCAGCUGGACAGUGCCAUCAGCAUGGAGCUGUGGCAGGAAGCCUUCAAGGCAGUGGAGGAUAUCCAUGGCCUCUUUGCCCUGUCCAAGAAGCCUCCCAAACCCCAGUUAAUGGCAAACUACUACAACAAAGUGUCUACUGUCUUCUGGAAGUCUGGCAAUGCUCUUUUCCAUGCAUCAACCCUGCACCGGCUCUACCACCUCUCCAGAGAAAUGAGAAAGAACCUCACCCAGGAGGAGAUGCAGAGGAUGUCUACCCGUGUGCUGCUGGCAACCUUGUCCAUUCCUAUCACCCCUGAACGUACUGACAUUGCCCGUCUUUUGGAUAUGGACGGCAUCAUUGUAGAGAAACACAGACGAUUGGCAACACUUUUGGGUCUGCAGUCCCCACCCUCCCGUCAAAGCCUGAUUAACGACAUGGUGAGAUACAAUCUGCUGCAGUACGUUGUUCCAGAUGUGAAGGAGCUGUAUAAUUGGCUGGAGGUGGAAUUUCACCCACUGAAGCUGUGUGAUAGAGUAACCAAGGUUUUAAACUGGGUGAGAGACCAGGCUGAGAAGGAUUCUGACCUCCAGCAUUAUGUGCCCCAUCUGCAGGGCAACACUAUUCUAAGGCUGCUCCAACAGGUGUCUCAGAUCUACCAGAGCAUUGAGUUCAGCCGUCUGGCCUCCCUUGUCCCCUUCGUUGAUGCCUUCCAGCUGGAGCGCUCGAUCGUCGAUGCUGCCAGACACUGUGACCUGCAGGUGCGUAUUGAUCAUACUUCCCACACACUGAGCUUUGGCUCAGACUUGAACUACUCUGCUAAAGAGGAUUCCCCGGUGGGCCCCUUCCUGCAGAACAUGCCCUCUGAACAGAUCAGGAACCAGCUCACCGCCAUGUCUUCUGCCCUGGCCAAGGCUAUUGAUGUGAUCAAACCUGCGGCCAUACUGCAAGAGCGUGAGGACCAGAAGCAGCUGGCCAUCGCCGCCUAUUUGAAGAACUCUCGGAAGGAGCACCAGCGUGUCCUGGCCCGCCGACAGACCAUCGAGGAGCGCAAGGAGCGCCUGGAGAAUCUCAACAUCCAGCGUGAGAAGGAAGAAUUGGAGCAGCGCGAGGCGGAGCUGCAGAAGGUGCGCAAGGCAGAGGAGGAGCGCCUGCGCCUGGAGGCCAAGGAGCGUGAGAAGGAGCGCAUCAUGCAGGAGCACGAGCAAAUUAAGAAGAAGACUGUGCGUGAGCGACUGGAGCAGAUCAAGAAGACAGAGCUGGGAGCCAAGGCCUUCAAAGACAUCGACAUUGAGGACCUUGAAGAACUGGAUCCAGAUUUUAUCAUGGCAAAACAGGUGCAACAGCUGGAGAAAGAAAAGAAAGAACUUCAGGAACGCUUGAAGAACCAGGAGAAGAAGAUUGACUACUUUGAGAGAGCCAAACGCCUGGAAGAAAUCCCUCUGAUUAAGAAGGCUUAUGAAGAACAACGAGUGCAAGACAUGGAGCUGUGGGAGCUACAGGAGGAGGAGAGGAUAAGCAACAUGCAAGUGGAGCGUGAGAAGGCUCUGGAGCACAAGCAGAGAUUAUCAAGGAUGAUGGAAGACAAAGACAACUUUGUCUCCAAGAUCACAGCUGCUCGCCAGUCUGUCUAUGAGGAAAAGCUGAAGCAGUUCCAUGAGCGUUUCAUUGAAGAGAGGAAACAGCGUCUGGAGGAUCGCAAGAAACAGCGAAAAGAAGACCGCCGCAAAACGUAUUACCGGGACAAAGAGGAGGAGGAACAGCGGCUGCAUGAAGAACAACUUAAAAGAGAGCGGGAGGAGAGGGAACGCAUUGAGCUGGAGCUGCGUGAGGAGGAGGAGCGAGAGUACCAGGAGAAGCUGCGCAAGUUGGAGGAGCAGGAGAGGAAACAGCGAGCGCGGCAGCUCGAGAUCGAGGAGAGAGAGCGCCGCAGAGAGGAGGAGAAGAGAACGCCAGAGGACAAGCAGUUUUCCAGGGAUUCAAAUCCAUGCUGGGCUGACAAAGAAGAGGGAGGGUUAGGAGGAGGCGGUGGCUGGAGAAAGCGCACUGAGGGCGGCGAGUCUGAGUGGAGACGUCCUGGGACUGGCACUGACAAGGAAGAAGGCCGGGAAGAUGAGAAACCUGCAUUCCGUCGAGACGAUGACCGGGAGCCGCCCUUCCGACGGAGUGGAGAUGACAGGAGCUCCAGGAGAGGGUUUGAGGACGAGCGCGGUUCUCGCCGGGGCUUUGAGGACAGGGCUCCCAGGAGAUGGCUAGAUGAUGACAGGGGCCCCAGGAGAGGGUUUGACGAGGACAGGACUUCUAGGAGAGGGGCUGAUGAGGAUAGGGGACCAAGGAAAGGAGCUGAUGAGGACUGGGGACCUAGAAGAGGAGGGGAUGAUGACAGGGGCCCGAGAAGAGGUGGAAGGGGCAUGGACGAUGACCAAGGACCUCGCCGCGGAGACAAUUCCAAACCUUGGAAACCGCUGGGCAAAACAGUAACUUCCAAAUGGAGUGAAGAAAGCCUGAGUGAACCAGUCGUAAAGCUUGGUGGCUGGAGAGAGAGGGAGAAAGCUCGCGAAGAUAGCUGGGCUCCCCCCCGUGAUAUUGGGGGUUCUGAAGAGAGUGACGAGCGGGAGCCUGACAGAGAGCGUCGUCCUCCAAGGGGGGAGGGCAGUAGUGCUUGGAGGAGGGCAGGCACUGAAGAGUCGAGUGGCUGGAGGGACUCCCCACGCAGUGACGCCUGGGAAGACCGGCGUAGCAACAGGCAUGAUGACUAUGACCGCCGUGAUGUGAGAGACAAGCCCGAUGAGCGAGACCGCAGGGGCCCACCAAGAGCAGAGCGCAAUGAAGUACCAUCGAAAUGGAAAGUAGACGAGAACAGUGACAGCAGCGAAAGACCUGCGAAUAGCUGGAGGCGCGGUGGAGAGGAGCGCAAGGAGGAGAGAGACACCCCUCGCCGAGGAGCCCCUCCUUCCAGGGAGAAGGAGCGAGAGACACCAGCUGGGGAGGGUAGCGCCUGGAGAGCUGAGAAGGAGCGAGAGAGACCUGCUGGGGAGGACAGCGCCUGGAGGGCUGACAAAGACAAAGAAGCUUCACGGCGCACCAAAAUGGAAACAGAUGAUGACGGCUGGACCACUGUCCGUCGUUAAUACGGUCGUGUCCUUUUGCUGCAUCUUUUUAGUGUUUGAAUAGGCAUUAAAAAAAAUAAAUAAAUCUGUGCCACCCAAAGCACUCAAAUCUUUAAAGACGCAUUUGACAGUUGUUAAUUUUCCGGUGGUUUGCUAUUGUAACAUUAAAGCAAAGUAGUUUCUGGUAAUUGAUCAUGCACAGUUUUUAAAAUACUGAUGCAGAAUGACCUGUUGCAUUGUGUAGGCUGCUGCCUUUAUUGAAUCACAUUUCACAUAUCUUACUAAAUGUGUAUCUUGCAAAAGCAGCUUAAUACAACUUUAUUGUACAUUUAAGUAAAGGACUUUUGAUGCUUAAAUGAGCGUACAAGGUUAGUUUUUUCUUAUUCUUUGUAUUAAACUGCAAAGGUGUGGUGCAUAACAUUAAUAUGUCUGCCUAAUUAUUUAAACUUUCUAUAUUAAGUUGUUACAGCAGAA